ACAGGCUGCCAUUCCUUGCUCUGCUGUUACAUGUAUCUAUUACUUUUACUGAAGGUGCUGUUUGCUAUCAGUGUGACAGUAUAUCAUUUGCAGACCCCGUCUCCACUUGCUCAACAACAGUAAAAUGUUCCGGAAGUCAGAUUUGUUUCGUUUCUCUGUUUAUAAAUAAUAUUGGGCAAGUCAGUCAUAGGACAGGAUGCACGGAGCAACAGCAUUGUAAUCACGGCAGUGUAGGAGACCCAGGACUUGUUGGAAAACGUGACGUUGACAUCUGCGUCAAGUGUUGCCUUGGUGAUAGGUGCAAUAACCAGCCAUGUCAAGACAUACAAACAGAGGUUUGUUCGGAAUGGGAGAAGUGGACGUCAUGUGACGUCACAUGCGGCAGUGGAACACAAUCACGAAAGCGGCAAUGUAAACAUUCCACGCAGCAGACGAUAAAAGAUGAGACAAGACAAUGCAAUACACAAGCAUGUCCAGAUGUACGCGCUGUCUGCAAGGACGAGUACACUCACUGUUCUUCGCCUGACGUUCAGCAAACACUUUGCUCAUCACAAUCUAUGGCAGAGAAAUUUUGUGCCAGGACAUGUGGACUUUGUCCUGUUAACGGGCAGUGGUCAAGCUGGUCAGCGUGGUCCGGAUGUACAGCGACUUGCGGAAGUGACGCACAUAAAUUGCGACUGCGCCUGUGCAAUAACCCGGAACCGAAAAACAAUGGAUCCUAUUGCAUUGGUCAAGACAGAGAACGUCAACAGUGUCCAACGGCGUGUCCGGUGGAUGGUUCCUGGUCGUUAUGGACAGAGUGGUCAGCAUGUAGUCAGACUUGUGGCUUCGGCCUCAGGACCAGAGAUAGGACAUGCACUCAUCCGCGCCCAGCACACGGUGGAAAACAAUGUACAGGUCCAUCUUCCGAAAAUCACGGCUGCCGUGACGCUCUAUGCCCAGUGGAUGGCGGGUGGUCUGACUGGUCUCCAUGGCAUGGAUGUAGCGUCACGUGCGGAGGCGGAACCAUGUCAAGAGUUCGCACGUGUUCUAACCCUUCCCCUCAGAAUGGUGGCAAACCUUGCCAAAAUCCUGCGCACUUUUUGGAUUCAAGACCUUGUGCAGCGGAUGCCUGUCCAGGCGAUGCAAUUGAUGGAAACUGGGCAAAUUGGUCACCAUGGCAUCAAUGUUCCGUGACGUGUGGAGGUGGUAUGACGUUUCGUUCUCGAACAUGCUCGAACCCCGUACCUGAAAAUGGAGGGAAAUCUUGUGCAAAUCCAGCUUCUUUCAUAGACAGAAGAGCCUGCGGGGAAGUAACAUGUAAAGCGAUAAACUAUGCAACAACACAGGUCACGCAAAAAGUGACGUCAUCAAUGGUUUCAACUACGUCGCUCAGUUUCACGACAUCAUCUUCAUUCACAACAAAGCCAUCUCUGGUACCAUCGAUUGGUUGUACUGACCAGGUGUUCUGCUCGGAUACACACAUUCAACCGCUUGUUUGUCAGGAUGUCUACAUGGCAGCAACAUACUGUCCAAAAAUGUGCGGAAUAUGUGGUGCAACAAGCGCCCCACCACCCUGUGUUGACAGUGUUGGCGGAAGUUGUAAUGACCCGAUGUAUACACAGUUUGCCUGCACCGAUAAUGAGCUAGCUGCACUUUGUGCGAAAACUUGUGGUGUCUGUCAUUGAAAAAUAAUACUUAUAAUGUGGAACAAAGCAUAAUUGAUCUUUAACAUUGUCGACUGAUAUUUUUUU